CAUUCCUCCAUCUUUUGCUGCCGCGUUCCUUUUCGAACGCGGCAAAACUAUUGCCGCCGCCGCACCACAACCAUCACAGCUACCACCCAAAGAAAUGAAGGCAAAGGUAGGAAUGGAGGUUUCCUGCCAUUUGAGGAUGCUACUAUUCAUAUCAUUUGCAUCUUCUUUCUUAAAUAUUAGCUAUGCUCAAACGAACAACGACUAUGACACUCCUGCUGCCCCGCCACCCGGCCUGAGCAACUGCAAUGGGGUGUUUCUGACCUAUUCUUUCACUUCUCGAGAUAAAGAGUAUCCACACAUAAAGAAUGCAACAGCUCAGGCAUGGGCGUUCAAGUCUUCGGCAACCAUAGUCAAUACUGGAGAAUAUGAAGUCAAGGCAUGGCAAAUGUUUGUAGGCUUUCAACAUAAAGAAACUUUGGUUUCAGCCACUGGUGCAACCAUUGUGGAUUCCGAUGAUUUCCCUGUGGAUGCUAGCAAUGGGACAACCUUUGCUGGAGGUUCACAGGCUGACUUAAAAACCUCAAUUGAGACUGCUGGAGAUUUCACCCAGAUUUCUGCGCAAAUAGAUAUCACCGGCACUCAAUUUGGGGUGAAACCACCGGGGGUGCCAAUGCCGUCAAUCAUUAAGCUAGUUAACAAUGGUUACAAGUGUGCCAAAGCAACUAUGAGAGGUAGUAAAACUUAUAUGCAAGUAUGUUGCAAGAAGGAUCCCAAGUUCAAGCCAAAACCCAAAAAAGCAGUCAAGUACUUGCCUCGUCAAUACGGCGAUCUAGAGUUCACUUAUGAUGUGCUUCACGCUUAUGGGAACAACUAUCUUGCCCAAGUCACCAUGGUCAAUAACCAUCCAUUAGGACGCCUUGAUCAUUGGAACUUAACCUGGGAUUGGAAGAACGAUGAGUUCAUUUACUCCAUGAGAGGAGCCUUUGUUCGAAAGAGAGACUAUGCUCGAUGUGUUUAUGGCCCCGCCGGAGAAUAUUACCAAGAUUUCGAUUUCUCCAACGUUGUGACUUGUGAUAAAAGCCCAAUCAUCUCCGAUCUUCCUCCAGCUAUGAAAAAUGACUCAAAACUUGGGAAGUUGCCAUAUUGUUGUAAAAAUGGUACCCUUUUGCCUACUUUGAUGGAUGAAGACAAAGCUAGAAGCAUAUUCCAAUUGCAAGUAUAUAAGUUGCCUCCUAACCUGAACAGAACCGCUCUUGAACCACCCCAUAAAUGGAGGAUUGAUGGGGUUCUAAAUCCUCAAUAUAAGUGCAGUAGUCCUAUUAGGGUAGAUCCUACAGAAUUUCCUGAUCCAAGUGGGCUUCAAGGUACAAGCACUGCUAUUGCUAGUUGGCAAAUAGUCUGCAAUAUUAGCCGUCCCAAGGAGAAAGAGUCAAGAUGUUGUGUUUCUUUCUCUGCAUAUUAUAAUGAAUCUGUCAUCCCUUGCAAUACCUGUGCUUGUGGCUGCGAGGGUGAUACAGGUUGCAGCCAAAAGGCAGGUGCAAUGCUUCUUCCAGCAGAGGCUCUUCUUAUACCUUUUGAGAAUAGGACACAAAAGGCAAUAGCAUGGGCUAAACUCAAGCACUUGAAAGUUCCAAAUCCAAGACCUUGCCCUGAUAAUUGUCCAGUGAGCAUAAAUUGGCACUUAAACACCGAUUACAAGACCGGAUGGACUGCCAGAAUUACACUUUUCAACUGGGACGAUGCUCCUUUUGAAGAUUGGUUCGCAGCAAUCCAAAUGGGAAAGGCAUAUCCUGGCUAUGAAAAUGUAUACUCCUUUAAUGGAACUAAGCUUGAUAAGCUCAACAAGACAAUCUUCCUUCAAGGCUUACCAGGUUUGAAUUACUUGAUGGGAGAGGUGAAUGGGACUAGAGGAGGUCCAAGGGUUCCCGGAAAGCAACAAUCAGUGAUUUCAUUCACCAAAAAGCAAACUCCUGGGAUUAAUGUACCUGGAGGUGAUGGUUUCCCUAAGAGGGUGUUCUUUAAUGGAGAAGAGUGUGCAUUGCCCACAACAAUUCCUAUAAAGAGUGGAGGCCAUAAAUAUCGUAUUAACUUGUUCACAAUUGUAUUCACUACAAUCUUGACUUUGAUAAUGAUGACAGGUUGCAUUUAUUGAUCAUUAUUUGAUGAACUCUGCUUAUCGUAUUAUAGGAAAUUAGUUUGGGUAAAAGCUAUAUGUGUAUGUGUGCUUCUUGGAUUCAUUUAAAUGUAAAUGUUUUAGCACCCGUAUAAUGAUUAGAUGGAAAAAAUUUACCUAGCUCAGUCAAUUAUAGAA